UGACCGGCGUUGAACGCAUAUAGGUAGUCGUUGGUAGUCGUGAGAGAAGUCAGUCGGUGACGGGUUGUGUCUCUAGUGCUGUAGUGAACAGUUCGGUCAAAUCGCUUGUGUUAAAAAAUGAGCUGGCAGGAUUACGUUGACAAGCAGCUGCUCGCGUCUAGGUGUGUUACCAAAGCUGCAAUCGCGGGACACGAUGGCAAUCUUUGGGCGAAGUCUGAAGGUUUCGAAGUAAGUAAAGAGGAGCUGGCGAAAUUGGUCCAGGGAUUCGACGAGCAGGACAUUCUGACGUCGUCUGGCGUUACCUUGGCCGGCAACAGGUACAUUUACCUGUCGGGCACGGAUCGAGUGAUAAGGGCAAAACUCGGCAAGGUCGGCGUCCACUGCAUGAAGACGACGCAGGCCGUAGUCGUCUCCCUCUACGAAGACCCUAUACAACCACAGCAAGCCGCGUCGGUCGUUGAAAAACUUGGCGACUACCUUGUAUCCUGCGGCUUUUAGUAACCUCUGGGACCCAACACAAAUAUCUAAUAUUAAUAUUAAACGAUACGAUCGAUUAUUUUACUGAACAGCGAAUGGAAUGCGUCAUACCGCUCGUGUCGCGCCGGAACUGCCGCAAGCUUGCCGCGCGCAACACUCUGUGAGAAGCAACAACUACCCUCAACAACAACAACAACAACAACAACAACAACAACAACAACAACAACAACAAAAAGAAAGAAAAGAAACAGCAACAGUUAUCGUUAUCAUACUAUAGUCGUCAUUCUCUCCUCUUCGAUUAGACGCGAUAUCCGGGAACAAACGCGUGCAUGAUCUCUGAACAUGUGUAAUCCGUACGUAAAUUUGUGAUACGACCAUGCGACGAUAGUUGUAUGCGUAACCGCGACAGAUGGACCGAGGUAGCGUUCGUCUCUUCGUAUUUCCGCACCCGUCUUUUUUCUCUUUCCGUUUCAUUUGUGAACAACGACACAAUUUUUAACAUUGCUCGAUCGUUUUCUCUGCAAGAAACGCGACGGUAGAAGAAGAAUGGAAAGAAGGGAAAGAUGUGAAGAAAAUGUCGAGGAAAAGGAAAAAAUCGUUGCGUUACCGGACGACCGAAUAUCGAAUUGCGAUUCAGCGCGGUAACGCGCGCGCGCGCACAAAUACAUACAGAACUCAAAAAACAUAUACAGAUAUACGCGCACCCACCCACCCACGCACACGCGUAUAUAUUAUAUACAUACACACAGUCGCAUGACGCGCGUACGAUACACGCAACGACAUAAGAAAGGUAUAUUAAUCACGUAACAAUGCAGGGAAACGACCGUAUCGUUUUUUUUGUUUGUUUUUUUUUUUUACACGAGCGAGCGUCGGUUCGCCGAUGGAGAAGAUCCCACAAGCAUGCAUUAAACAUAAGAAAUAACAAUAAUAAGUAAUAAACUAUUGCGUUAGGUUUACAGUUUCUUUCUUGUAGAGAAUGAACGGAUGAGAGGGAGAGAGGGAGUGAGAGGGAGAGAAAGAAAGAGAACGGGCGAGAGAGAGGGAGAGAAAGGGAACGAUAGAGAGAGCGAAUGAAAGAAUAGGUACGAAAAAGAAUGGAAAAUCAAAGUUUGAACACGGGCGUAAAAGUGGAACAACGUUCUGAGGCAGUUUGAGAGACUGAAAGAACGAGCAAUAGAAAAAGGGGGAGGCAGACGCAUAACACAGAAGGAAGGGGAACGAAGGCAAAUGAAUCAACAUGUAGAAUGCCGAAGAGAACGAAAAGGAGAGAGAGCGUUCGGAAAUGCGCGUGAAUGCGCGAUAGAGAUAUGUAAUGCCGACAGAACUACGAUGACAAUUAACGAGGCAGGCGAGCGUGCGGCAGCAGGUGAAACGGCACGGAUUGGCCGCAGUCCUGGCCACCUCCCCCCUCCCCCCCCAAAAUCGAUACAGUCCUUUUAGCUAUUUACUGUCUUUAUUACUGCUAUAUGUAAGAAGAAUAAAAACGGCGAACAAUGUGUCAUAAUUGCUGAGACUUUUAUCGAUAAAAGGGAGAAGUGGAAAGUGGGAAGAUUCGUCAUAGGAGGGAUGCGAAUCGCAAGACGUACACCGGAAUGGUAUA